AACCAGCAGGGCAGCUGGCUAGCAGGAUUUAGCCAUCUGCGUUCCCACUGGCUUACUGUACGCGUGUCAGGAUCCUAGACAGCACCAAGCCAGCAGAGCAAUCCGAGCCCACUGCGGACAAAAACUGAGGCAGAGCUUAAACAGUUCCCACAUCACCUCGUGAAUAAAGAGUCUCACUGAGAUCUGAAUCCAGCCUGCUCUGCCACAAAACCCAGGGAAAGGAGAGAAGUGUACUGGAGACCCAGCAAUGAUUAAGGGCCUGGCCAUCCCAACCAUGUCACUUGCCCUGUACACCUGUCUCCUCUGCCUGUGCACCAGUGGCCUCUGGGCCAUCCAGGCUGAGGCCCCCAGUGCUAUUUCGGGCACAGAGAGUCCUCACCGGGGCCUGGCGCCAACCAAUGCUGACUUUGCCUUCAGCCUGUAUCGGCACGUAGAGGCCUUGGCUCCUGACGUGAACAUCUUCAUCUCCCCUGUGAGUGUCUCCAUGGCCUUGGCCAUGCUGUCUCUGGGUACCUGUGGCCACACACAGACCCAGCUUCUCCAAGGCCUGGGCUUCAACAUCACCAGCAUGUCAGAUACCAAGAUCCACCAGAACUUCCGACACCUGCACGACCUGCUCAGGGAGUCAGACACCAACUUGGAAAUGGCUCUGGGCAAUGCCUUGUUCCUCAAUCACAGCUUGCAUCCUCGGGAGUCCUUCUUAGCAGACAUCAAACACUACUAUAAAUCGGAGGCUUUGGCUGUAGAUUUUCGAGACUGGACCAGAGCCAGCAGAAAGAUCAACGAGUACAUCAACAUUAAGACAAAGGGAAAACUCAUGGACAUGUUCUCUGAACUGGAUAGUCCAGCCGUCCUUAUCCUGGUCAACUACAUCUUCCUCAAAGGCACAUGGGCACAGCCCUUCAACCCAGAAAGCACCAGGGAGGAGAUGUUCCAUGUGAACAAGACGACCACAGUGACAGUGCCCAUGAUGUUCCGGUCAGGCCCUGCCAUGUACCUGCAUGACUCGGUGCUCCCCUGCCGGCUGGUGCAGCUGAACUUCACAGGCAACGCGACUGUCUUCUUCAUCCUUCCAGACCAAGGGCAGAUGGACACAGUUAUCGCCGAGCUGAGCCGGGACACAAUCCAGCGGUGGUCCGAGUCCCUGGCCCAUCGCCAGGUAGACCUGUACCUGCCAAAGCUGUCCAUCUCCAGUGCCUACGACCUCAGGGCCAUGCUGGCCGACAUGGGCAUCGUGGACUUGUUCACCCCCGGGGCCAAUUUCUCAGGCAUCACCCAGGAGGCUCCACUGAUGCUAUCAAAGGUCAUCCACAAGGCCACGCUGCAGAUAGAUGAGAACGGUAAGAAUGCAGCAGCCACCCCUGGGGCCACCUCAAAGCUGGAGUCUGAGCCGGUCACUCUCAGUUUCAACUGGCCCUUCCUUGUCCUGAUCUUCGAUGACUUCACAUGGAGCACUCUGAUCCUGGGGAAGGUUGUGAACCCUAGCUGAAAGCACUGCCCCCCUGGGAGCCACUGCACCAUCUGGUCUUGGGGAGAGGCCUCCCCCUGUCUUCUCCUGGUUUUCCUCCACCGAAACAGAGCUACCCCUACC